AUGAAUACCCACAAGCCUUUGGGAUAUGAACACAAUUUAUCGGAAUCCAAGUUAUUGAAUGCGGCGUUCAACCAGGAUCAGUCUUGUUUUGCCAUUUGCCAUGAAUCAGGGUUUCGUGUCUAUAAUACGGAUCCCAUGGAGCUACGAAUGAAGAGGAACUUCAGUUCAUCCCGUCAAAAUAGCGGUAUUGGACUCAUCACGAUGCUUUAUCGAACCAAUUAUGUGGCUCUUGUUGGCGGUGGCAAACAGCCGCGAUAUCCCGUCAACAAACUCUGUAUAUGGGACGAUCUCAAGAAAAGGCCAUCGAUGUUUUUAGAGUUUAUGAGUCCCAUAUUGAAUGCAUUGAUGACUCGGAUCCGCAUUAUUGUUGUCCUACGUAAUCAGGUGCUUGUCCAUGCCUUUGAGAGCCGUCCCAGGCUUCUUGGCAGCUAUGAAACGUACGAUAAUGAUAACGGCGCAUGUGACUUAUCGAUAAACGAGCGGAACAGUAUACUCGCAUUUCCUAGUAGAUCAGUGGGGCAGAUUCAGUUGGUAGAUAUCUCCCCAGGGAAUCAGGACAGGAACCUUAUUUCGAUAAUUAAGGCGCAUAGGGCGAAGAUUCAAUCACUAUGCAUGUCCAAUCUGGGUAACAUGGUGGCCAGUGCCAGUGAGACAGGCACUUUAAUAAGGAUACAUGAUACUGCCAACUGUGCGUUGAUGUUUGAGUUUCGAAGGGGUCUUGAUAAGGCUAUAGUUACUAGCAUGAAGUUUUCUCCGGAUGAUUCCAAAUUGGCAGUUCUUAGUGAUAAGAAUACUUUACACGUAUACAGUUUAAGGGAGAGAUUAGGGAUGGAAGGAAUUGAUUCUGGAAAGAACCAGGCGCAUUUCUUGAAGGGAUUUCCGAUGAUGCCAAAGUAUUUCAAGUCUACUUGGUCAUUCGCAUCGAAGGAUGUUGGUCGAAGAGAGGAUUUGGUCAAUGACUUUGGAGUGAUUGGCUGGUCAGAUAAUGAGAGUAUUAUCAUAUUGUGGAAAAUGAAAGGAAUCUGGGAGAAGUACGUAAUGGUGGACACUAUGGGAGAUCAGGGAAGGAAGUGGGAGAUUGUUAGAGAAGGAUGGAGAAGGCUUUAUGAGUAA